AUGCGACCUUCACUCUUCCUGUCUCUGACCGUUGCUGCUGUCGCGCAGGCGGCCGUUGUGUCUCGGGCAGCGGCUGCAUCUGGGCUGAAGUGGCUGGGUGUCAGCGAGUCCGUUGCAGAAUUCGGGACUGCCCUGCCGGGAACAUGGGGCGUGGAUUUCUAUUUCCCCUCGACCACGACGAUUGACACCUUGAUUAGCGAAGGGUAUAACACCUUCCGAAUUCCAUUUCUACUCGAACGUAUGGCUCGUGGGAGUAUGACUGCUCAGCUGGACAGCGGGUACCUCAAGAACCUCACAGAUGUUGUCACACACAUCACUGGAAAGGGAAAGUUUGCUGUAGUAGACGUCCACAACUAUGGCAGAUACAACGGUGCAGUCAUCACGGAUACAGCUGGAUUUGGUACCUUUUGGAAGAACCUUGCCACACAAUUCAAGAGCAACGCCAAUGUCAUCUUCGAUAUCAAUAAUGAGUACCACGACAUGGACCAGACGCUCGUGUUCAACCUCGAUCAAGCCGCCAUCACCGCCAUACGUGCGUCCGGUGCGACCUCACAGUACAUCUUCGCGCAAGGGAAUUCGUGGUCGGGAGCUUGGACGUGGAACACAACCAACGACAACCUCAAGGGCCUGAAAGAUCCCAAUAAUAAGCUCAUCUACGAAAUGCACCAGUACCUAGACUCGGAUGGCUCUGGCACGAGCGGCAAUUGCGUCUCAGCCACGGUCGGCGUUGACCGCAUCAUUGGUGCCACGAGCUGGCUCAGGGCUAACGGCAAGCUCGGCGUCCUGGGAGAAUUCGCAGGGGGCCCUAACACCCAAUGUCUCUCCGCUGUGACGGGACUUCUUGAUCAUCUCAAGGCCAACUCUGACGUUUGGCAAGGUGCAAUUUGGUGGGCUGCAGGACCGUGGUGGCCUGCUUCCACAUUCUCGAGCUUUGAGCCGCCCAGUGGUACCGCGUAUCAGUACUACGACAGCCUGCUGAAGAAGUAUGCCCCUGCUUAG